AUGGGGGAGCAAGCACCUUCUGACCACACAGUCUUUAAUUGGUUUCGUGAAUUUCAACGCAAUAAAUUUAGUGUUCAAGAUGCUUCUCGCUCAGAUGAUCCUCAUUCAACAUAUCAGCAAAUAGAAGCCAUAUUGGGCAUCAGUUCCACAGCAAUCAAUAUAAUUAUUCAUGAUUAUUUAAAUCUAAGAAAAGUUUGUGCUCGGUGGGUGCCGCAUACACUAACUAGUGACCAAAAACAACUCCGAGUUCAAUUUUGCCGUCGUUCACUAAAAAGAUUUGAAGAAGGUCGGUCCCGUCGUGUAUUUGACAUUACAACUGGUGAUGAAUCUUGGUUUUAUCAUUAUGGUCCUGAACUAAAAAAACAAGCAAAAGUUUGCAUGUCGACAACUGAUCCACGCCCAACCAAAGUUCAUCGAAACAAAAGUGCCGGAAAAAGAAUGGUGACAAUUUUUUUCAUGAAAUCUGGUUUAAUUAAACCUAUUCCAUUAGAAACAGGUGCAACGGUGAACGCCAGUUGGUAUGUCAACACAUUCUUACCACAAGUCUUCUCAGCCGUCUCUGAACAAAGAGAAACGCGAGGCCUUCGAGGUCUCAUUUUUCACGACGAUAAUACGAGGCCGCACCGGGCUUGGCUUACCAAUGAAUUUUUGUUGGAAAAUCACGUUGAACAAUAUCCAAAUCCACCAUAUUCUCCAGACUUAAGUCCUUGCGACUUCUGCUUGUUUCCGAAACUCAAGAAACAGUUACGUGGAAUUCGGUUUAACGACGACAAUGAAAUGUUGGCUGCUUUGGAACAAGCCAUUGACAGUCUCACGAAAGAAGAUUUUAAAAGCUGUUUCGAAGACUGGUUUAUUCGAAUGCACAAAUGCAUUGAUGCUGAAGGACAGUACUUUGAAAAAAUAAAUUAA